GCCGCCUACACUGACCUGGAUAUCCAUGGCCGAGCAGGACUUCAUCGACCUUUUUUGAUAUUAUGGAUUUCAUAACGUUUUUGUGCUCAUCUUCAGAGAAUAUGCAUUCGUCUUGAAGACGGUUGUGCGGCAAGUGUGAUGUCUUACUGGUCCGCUCAAUUGUGACGUGAGGAAUGGCUUGCCGAGGUAAUGGACAGUAUCGAUAAGUUAGCAAUCAAAACCUGGACUGAAUAGCCUCUUCGUGAAAUAUCGGGACUUUAUGGUCUGUUUGCCCCCCCAUGCUGCUGUAUUUGCUGAGUGGAACUGGAUAUCCCCCCUGAGUGUCUCUAAACAUCUGCAUUACUGAGAGACAACACUAUUUACUUCUCUGACGCGAGGAAAUGGAGCUGCGUCAGGCUACAUGAACUUCAUAACGAUAAGGCCGGAGGUUUGUUGACUUUCCCUUCAUAAUAAAGGCACCAAAUCUAUUAAUUUUCCCUUUGAGUAAUGAAGUUUAGAAGUUGACAAGUCCUGUAACGGUUGGACAAAACGACAGUCGACCUUUUAUUACUAAAUUAAUGCUCCGUCUUUAUGACUGCUUUGGUCAAUCGUAGUAUCUAUACAUCUCCCGUCGUUUUAUUUUGGAAGCGUUGAACGGAACUCGUGCUGAUUCUGCUGUGUUUGACGCUGCUUGCAAGAGGCCAGGAUGUAUUUAUGCUGCUGUCCAAGACAUGAAAAGCGUUGAAUCAGCGCUGCUCCGGGAGACGUGCUCCAUCACCGGCCACAGCGGGGGUCACGACAGCGUUCCUGUCCGCCGGUGCUCCUGCUGCUGGGGACGCGAGCGAAGCUGCUGUGCUGCUUUCGUCUGAACUGGAAUAUUUCCAUGAAGGCUUCUCAACCUCACGCCCAAACAGUUUGUAUGCGGGGCUGUAUUCUGAGCUUACGUAAUAAAACGCCAAGUACUGAUGGAGUCCUCUCUAGCUCUCGGCAGACUGGAACUGACCCCCGGUUCACCCGCUGGUGGGGUCAGCCUAACCCCGCGGCUCUGCGGGGGCCCCCCUGCAAAAGAGAAGUGCGGCCAGCGGCCACAGGGGCCACAGGGGCAGGCUCACCUGAACGGCUGUGUCCCGCUCUCACAUCAGGUGGCGGGUCAUAAGUAUGGAGUGGAUAAAGUGGGGAUUUUGCAGCAUCCAGAUGGAACAGUCCUGAAGCAGCUUCAGCCUCCACCAAGAGGUCCACGAGAGAUGCAGUUUUACAGCAUGGUGUAUGCAGAGGACUGCUGUGAUCCCUGCCUUCUGGAGCUCCAGAAUUAUCUGCCCAAGUACUAUGGCACCUGGUCCUCUCCUGACAGCCCCAAUGACCUGUACCUGAAACUGGAGGAUGUGACUCGACGCUUCGUCAAGCCGUGCAUCAUGGACGUGAAGCUGGGCCAGCGGAGCUACGACCCGUUCGCCUCGCAGGAGAAACGGGAACAGCAGAUCAGAAAGUACCCACUGAUGGAGGAGAUCGGCUUCUUGGUCCUCGGCAUGAGGGUGUAUAAAGUGUGCAGUGACACGUUCGACUCAUAUGACCAGCACUACGGGAGGGGACUGGUGAAGGACACCAUUAAAGAUGGCCUGGCUAAAUUCUUCCAUAAUGGUGUCAGUCUGAGGAAGGAUGCAGUGUCAGCCAGCAUCUGCAGAGUGCAGCGCAUUCUCCGCUGGUUUGAGUCCCAGCAUCAGCUCACCUUCUAUGCCAGCUCACUUCUCUUUGUCUACGAGGGCCUCCCCUCCUCUUCCUCCACGUCCUCCUUUUCUUCCCCUUUCAGCACCCCCUCGAUCAGCCCGAAUGCAGGCAACACUGCCAUGUUAUCGUCAGCGGCCGACGGCGGUCAGGGUGGGGAGGGGAAAGCGAGGCAGGAAGGGGUGGGGCAGGAAGAGGAGGUGGCCGAGUACAACAACAACAACAUUCAGGUGUCUGUGCCGUGGGACUUCAGUCUGGCCACCAUUUACACCAACCACACAAAAGGUGGCCACCACCACUGUGCUAAGGGUCAUCUCCAUGGCAACAGUGGGGAUGAUGAUGCUGUGGAGAUAACAGUGAGCUCAGUUUCUGGGGAUAACAUCUCAGCACUCUGUGAAGAAGACAACUCUGCGUGGAAACGGACAGGUGAGUCGCAAAAGCCACCAAAUGGAAACGGAAACAAAUCACAACUGGAAGGGAAGGAUGAAGAUGGAGAGCGGGAGGACAGCGGCAGGAGGAGUAGGAGAGAGGAGGAGAAGCUGAAAGGACGAGGCGGUGCAACAGAGGGGAGUGGAGGAGACACAAAGGUGGAAGUCAGGAUGAUCGACUUUGCCCACGUUUUCCCGAGUGAGGGCCAUGAUUACGGCUACAUCUACGGCCUCAAACACCUGCUGACAGUGCUGGAGCACAUCCUGUGUGAGGCCGCCUGAAGCCCUCACUCCUCCCCGCCUUCUCUUUACCUCCGGACCUGCUCAGUGAACCACUGUCUCCCCCCGUCAACCCACUUUCCUCUCAAAAGCUGGAAACCCUCCGAGGACACAGGGACGAAUCAAAGAAGUGAAUAUUAAAAUAGAACUAUCAUCGUCAUCAUCAUCAUCUCACCUGAUUGUGAUGGUCUAUCAUUUGUGUGUGUGUGCGUGCGUGCUGGUGCGUGUGUGCGUGCGUGCGAGCAAAGCGGAGGUAGGAGAGGCAGACAGCUGUGUUUUCCCUGUGAUCAGCAGCGCUACAUGCACUAAUCAAUCCAUGAAGGCAUUACGACCCGGAACUUAAACACAACAUCUUCAGCUCUGCAAGGUCACAUGACUUCACCUUUAUUCCAUCCCAAAUGCAUUUCUAGAAAAUAGGUUUUGACCAACAUAUGCCAUCACCAUGGCCACUGAAAUGAUCUGGUAUGUUUCUUUUAAAAUUGUAUAUUGGUACACCUCAAAAUAGCUGUAAAUCAGGAAGUGCCACUGUUUUAUGGCCAAAUCCAUUUUAAGAGUUUAGCAUCUAUGUGAUGAAGUAUCUUGAUUUUCACUUAUAUACUUCACUGGAUUAGCCUAAAGAUGAUUCCCAUCUGUUCCUAACGGUUUCUGAAUUUCUAGGAAAUUUACUAUAUUGUGAUAUAUAUCGAUAUUGCAGUAUAAAAUUACAUUUAUUGUGAUUUUUAUCCAUGUGGUCCACCCCUACCUCAGUAUAUUUUGACAAAACAGGCCCAACUUAAGGUCCACUACCUUUUUCCAGAGCUAAUGAAGUUUUCCCAGGUUCCCUGGACAUGUAAGAUUAUUAGCUGUUAUGAUUUCAUCCAUAGUCAUCCAACAUCUCCAUGAAAAAGUAAUAUUUUAAGUGUAAACCAAGGAUGUGAAAUGGAUUAGGAUUUAUCUGACUGAUGCAAUCCAUUCCAUGGAGUGAGCCUGAUCCAGGACUUGACUUCCUGUCUCCUGCUGAAAAAGGAUACAUUAGCAGUCCGCGGAUGGACGGUUGUCAUAGAGAUGGAUCUGUUGACACGCAGGCUCGUUAGUAGUUAUGAUUUUAUCAAUAUAAUUUACAGGUGUGGAGUGGAUCCUCUGGAUUGUUUGAUAGGUGGCCAGUCCUUCACAGCAUCAGGAUCAAUCCAAAGGUCUGAAAGCUAUAAGCUGAAAAUUGAUUUUUCAAUUCAAGUGAAUUCAAAAGGAAUCGGUGAGAGAGACUUUUGUUUGUGUUCGGUCGAGAUGAGGUGUACUAUUGAACUAUGCACUAGAAAACUACCUAAAACUAUCUAAACCUAAUCUGUUAGACAUAGCACAAGCGUCAUUGUGCUCCAGGACUCAAAACAUGUUGCGUUUAUCUGCAUCCUGGGCGUCGAGCUAAAGCCCAUCCACAGUGGUUAGCUGGGUUUGGUUCCUUUAGGUUUAUAGUACACUGUCAAAUGAAACCAGAGCGGGGAAACAGAAGCCUCCUGUUUGGCCUCCACUGGACCAGUGAAACAAACAGUGGAACAGCUGAAUUAGGAUCCAAAUGGCUGCUCGAGGGUUAAACUGACACAGAUUUGCUGUAAGUUUGUGAGCAUUGGGUAAAACAAGAAGUCUGCAGAAUGUUGAGUUUUAAGUUGGGUCGUCAUUUUGCAUUUUGUUUAAACCACUGUCCACAGGUAUCUAACUCAGGUAAUUUUACUGUAAGAAAAACUGCUUAAUAUUACUGCUACUGUCCUCUCAGCAAGAUGAUCCUCAUGCUGUCUGUUUUAUAGUCUUACUCAAUGUUUGGCUUUUUGACCAUAUCAAUGUUCAUCUUUGAGCCAUGUUUCUGACCGCUUAACCUUAUAGAGACCUUACAUGUUACGUUGUCUUUUACCAUGGCUGUUUUAAUCGUUGUACGCGUUGGGCUGCCAAAUCACCUCCCCUGUCAGAAGCCUGUGCUCUUUGCUGUGUUUAUUCUGGUUAAUUAGGUGUCCCCCCUCUUUUCUGCCUUAGCUUUAGGAACAGGAUUAUAUUCUAUUUUUUAAGAAAACUUAUAUCAAAAGGUUGAUCGUUGCUCAUGAGUGGGUUGGACGUGCCAUUUCUCUUGCAUUAACCAUGAGUGAUUCUAUGAUUUUAAGAUAGAAUAUAGUAAUUAAGUGGUUUAGGAUUGAGCAAGAAUAGGAAAAUCAGCUGUUGAGAAGUGAUUGCUGGGAAUACUUUUAUUAUGAUUUGACAGAAACGUAAUGCCUUCCCUAAGAAUUUAAGAUUGUAGUAAAAAGAUAUUUGAAACAUGCUGCUUUAAUGGGAGUCGGAUGACGGGCUCACCAGAAAGGGACAGAAUGCUAAAGGAACGAAGGGCAGCGACUGAAUGGGGGGGUUGGCUUGGUGCAGUUGGGCAGAAACAGAAGUCAGUAAGUCCUUUUUACACUGAUCUCAGCAUGAGAAAAUAUACAAUAUAUUAUUUAAAUUAUUUUUUUAUGCCAUGUUAUCAAAGGUUUAGUUAAACUGUAUAAAGACCAAAGCAUUCGUUUAGCUGUGAUGGACUUAUGGAAGCCCAGAGCAGCCUGGGUUAAAUAUAAGCAAUCAAGGUUUCUGUACAGGCUUUCUGACUCCAGCCUCUGCCCUCGACACCAACACUGGAGCUACUUUAAAUGUCAUGUUAAAUCUCACUGCUCCAGUCUGCCACAAACCCGCUUUGAUUUGGUCCAUCAGUAUGCACAGGCCUCUUAUGUUAAUGCAGCGUGGAAUAUAUAAACAUAAUGAAUAAUAUGAAAAUCCAGAUCUUUUGUAAAUGAACUUGAUUUGAUGAUUUUAAUCUGAACUCAAAGAAACUGGGAACUAUUAAAAUGAACAGUUUCUUUAGCAUUUCUUUUUAAUAAACGUGAUUGUCUGAAAAAAUCAACAUGAAAGUUUAGGAGUCUUUUGAAGGAUGUUUACAGCAAUUGAUUUUUAGUUUUUUUUUUAUCGCCGCCUUAUUUUCUCUUGAUGUCCUCAUGUCAUCUCUGUGUUUUGAAUAUUGAUUAUUGAUCAUUCCGUCAGCUUUGUGAAUCUCCUCUCUGUAUUUCUAGCCUGUUGUGGCAUGGCUAACUAACAAAAACCAUAUCAUGUAUUUGUACACAGGGCAUUGUUGAUGUUGGUUUCAUGAUUGAAUGACUCGUAAUGAUGCAACUUUUGAUUUGAACCUCUACAUGUAAAAAACAGAAAAUAAUCAAUCUUACUGAGAGGUUUUAUUUCAGUGUAGGUGGGCAGAUUUCCCAACAGCACAUCCACUCUGUUCUUUACAAUUUACUGAAUGUUAAAACGAUUACAAGCACCAGCAUUUUGGUCUAUUUAAAAUGUCCCUUUUAAAGGGCCACUGACGGUUUUUUCUUUCUUUACAUUACAGCCAAUCAACUGCAGCGGAGCAUAAUGUUUGGCGUCCACUCCACAUUAUGUCUGCCUUUCACUGUCACUCUUACUUACAGUCAUUUUUAAAUGCAGACUAAGUUGAACAGUCUGAAUCAUGUGCAGUCUAUAGUAAAAAGCAUGAAUACCAAUCUGGUCAUUUCAACCUUUAUUGGCCUGUACCUAUGACAAACCUGGCCACUUUCAAAUUUAACAUGCGAAGCCGUGUGUGGCAUGUGUGGCUGAUUUUUCUGUACAGUUAGUGAAGAGUAACACUGCCCACCUCCUCUGCCUCAAAAUGUCUCAGUAAAAUCUGGAUAGUCUGGAUGCAUCUGCACUGGAAACUGAUACUACACCAUUACAUUUUAGUCCUGAGCACUAAGAUAUGACAAAAGUCUCGUUAUAGAAGCUUUGCUGAACAUACUGCAUCAUAUCAGAAUGACAGUCCAGCUGCGACAGUCCAGCUGUGACAGUCCAGCUGUGGUUCUGGUGUUUCUGGUUCUGCAUUUCCUGACUUUUCCUGACCUCUGAUGAUUAGGAUGCAAAAUGUCACACUGACAGUUCCAGUGAUUAGAUGAGACAGAGUGAAUCUGGUGGGUCUGGCUCUAUGUUUCGGUCUUUAUGCUCUACUCAUUUGUUUACAUUUCAGUUGCUCUCCUCGUGACCAGGAAAGGUUAGUUAGAGGCCAGAACGUGAUUUUCUAUUCUUUAACUGCAGGGCUUUAAUAGGAUGUUUGGUACUGAGUGAAAUGUUUUUCUUUGGUUAUUAUUUGUCUAUCAGGCACUGCAUACUAAUGAAAUAGCCGAUUUAUGACAUCUGUUUUACAAAUUUCCUUCUCCUUUGGACAAAAAAGCGAACCAGCCACCCUCUAUUGAAGGAGCAUAAAGGUGGUGUGUCAUGUUUUAGACCAUUAACUACAAAUUAUGUCCUGCACAUUACUGCCAGCCAUUUCACAGCAUACUGUACACCACUCUGCAAAAUCUCAUAAUCGCAUAAUAACAUUUUUUUUUUAAUCACUGAGUCAUUAUUAACUAAGAAGAGACACAAAGCAAUGACUGUAAAUGCUGAAGCUAAUUUAGAGUAACUGCAAGUGAAUUUUCAUCACCCACUGACAUGAUGGGAGGUGAGCAGCUGCCUGGAAGGUUCAAAAUCUGAUGGGAUGCUUUGAAAAAUGGACAGCAGUAAUCUGAGUAAAUGGGGUAAAACAUGCAAAACCAGCAGUAUGCCUCCUUAGUGGGGUUGAGGAAACAAAUGUGAAAUGUGGGACUAGUGUCUUCUCAGCCAAUCAGAAUCCUUUGCUUUCAGCUGGGACCACAGCUCCAGCUGAAACCAUUUGACUUUCUUUGCGCUUGUGAUUGAGCUUUCAGCUGCGUCAGUCGGAGUUCUGAUGCUGCCUUUAUGUCAUGGGAAGAACCAUCUCAGAACAUCUACAGAUACUCUUUCCCUUUGACACAAAUGCUGCCGUAGUGAAAGAUUAAAGGGUCAUGCACACUUUUUACUAAAAUGCAUUUUCUAAGUACACACAAAAAGAUGAUCUCUGCUUCUGAUUGGCUGUGAUAUCCUCCAACACUUUUCCUUUGAGGUGUAAAUGCCAGGUUAGUGUGGCUGACUGUUGAAUGCUGUUCAUGUGGUGUAAAAGCUGAACACUGUGAGUGCUUGCAGCAUGGUGUUGUUCGGCUGCCAUCAUGAAAACAAAACCUGUUGGAGGAUUAAAAGUGUACCAGGUCUAAUUCAGCUUUGUCUAACACAUGGAGUUAAGUGAGGGACUGAACCUGGCCCACCCUGUUGAGCCCUCUUAUGGGAACUGAGCUCUUCAGCGCCUCAGUGUGGAUUCUGAAGAGUGUUAUGAGCCUGAAGCAGAACAGAAAAUAUCAUCCGUGUACAUAAGGAGAGAAACUCAAACAGUAAAUGUCCUCUACAACUACAAACCUGAUAACUUGUUAUUUUUUCAGCAAUAAAAAUAUUAAUCAA